AUGCCUUGGUAUUUAGAAUUAAAAAAGAUGAAAUUCAGCAAUCCUUUGACGACGAUAAAGGUGGUCCUUAUUGUACACUACUUACUAACUGUAAUGGGUGCCAUAGGAACCGUUAAUCCAUUUGUUUAUUUAUUCUACAAUUUUGUUGUUAUAUUUCUAUUAAUCUGGAGUUUAUAUUCUAAAAGUGAUGAGCCGUUGAAAUUGGCUAUCCUCAUUAACAUGUGUGCUAUAAUUUUGGAUGCCUUAUAUAUUGUAGCUAUGGCAGAUAUUUUAGGAAGUUACAGAGCUGCUUUAUCAUUAACAGCAUCAGUAAUACAUUUAAUUUUUAGACCAUUCAGUAUUUUAAUAUUGAUAAAGAAAGAUGAAAAAAUAACUGCAUUAAAUAACGAUGCUAGAAACAACAGGACAGCAGAAAUUGAUGAUAGAUCCGUCCCGAGUACUAUUUCAUAA